AUGCUUACAAUUAAGAACCUUUUUAUGUUUGCUACCAUUCUUGUCUACCUCGUGGGAGCGUUUGCUGCUCCUAUAGAAAAUUAUGAUUCACAACUAAACCUAGAUUCGCAUAUUGCUAAACGAGCAGUUACUGAUAAAUGGUGCAAGGGAUUCAAAAUUGCCAAACCAUCUUUCAGUAGGAAUAACAAUCAAGUCAAGGCUAACAGUAGAGUUAAAGUAACGUGGGAAAAUGGAGCAUCAAAAGUCGUUCGAGUUAACGACCUUGAAUUAAUGCAAGAGGGCGUAGGAUUGCUGAAAACUUAUUGGCAUGGAAACCGACCCUUUAAGGAUGGAGAGACAUCUCACACUAUUAAGUUUGAUGUUCCUCCAACGGCUAACAGGAAUAAGCCAUUCAUGCUUAGAAGCUGGGGACGUACUGAAAGUGGACCUGAUUGUACUGUAUACAGCAAGCCCUUCAUGUUUGAUUAA